GUCCAAGUGUUGAGCCCUCUUCACAAAACCUCUCUCACCUCACCUCUCCCUUUUCUUUCCCCUACUCAUAAACCCUUCUCUUCACAAACCCCACACCUUUCACUCUCUCAUUCACUCGCUCACUCAGUCAUGGACAAAAAACAACAACCCAAACGCAGAGACUCGAAGGCCUCAUCUCGCUCCAAGGUUUUCGGCGCCAGCUCGCUCCAAAUCGGCGGCGACGACGACGGCGGCGUCGUUUCGAACAGCUUGAUCGGUUCAAUCGUCGAGAAAGGAAUCUCCGAUAACCCUCCGCCUCCCACUGCGCCUCCCAAGCUCUCCGUCCUCCCUUUCCCCGUCGCUCGCCACCGCUCCCACGGCCCGCAUUGGGGUCCAAUAGGUAGUGUAAAGGAUGAUAAAGAUAGUGACAAUACUGAGGAUGAUGAGGAAGCUAAAAGUUUAAUGAACUUUGAGCCAAUAGCGCCUUUUGCCAAUCCAGUGCAGAGGAGGGAGAAAAAAGGAUUGGAUUUCAACAGUUGGAGGGAGAUUGUCCCGGGCGAUAAUUUAUCCAUGGCCAAUAGAGUGGAAGAAAAUCUCUUAUGCACUCAGAAAACUAAAAAAGAUAGAAAAAUGGAUGUAGAACCAAAUAUACAUGCCUGUGGGCGUCAAUAUAAAUCUGGUGAGGCCAUGAGAAGUGUGUCGGAGGAUGGAUGUUUUAGUUCAGUUACUGACAUGGAAUUAGAGAACUUGAACCAACCAAAUCUGAAGGAGAAUGUUAAAGAUGCCAGUCCAGUUGACUUCAAGGGCGAACAAGAAUUUGUGUCCAAAAACAACCAUAUUUGUUUGGAGAGAACAGAAUAUGACAGUAUCGGGUUUCCAGAGGUUCUAAGAAGGCGGGAGCAAUCGACCACAGUAUCUAAUUCCAGGUCCAACAACUUUGGUAAUGAACAAGAGUCCAUGUCUCUUGAGAGUCAAAUCGAUGCUGAGAAUCAUGCCCGAUUACAGGAAAUGUCACCUGAUGAGAUCGCUCAAGCUCAGGCAGAGAUAAUGGAGAAGAUGAACCCUGCAAUUAUAAAUGCACUAAAAAAGAGGGGUCAAGACAAACUGAAAAGGCAGAAAGGCUUAAACUCAGAAUUAGGAACCAAUAAUGCCGGUGUUGAGUUUCCAGAGGUUAUAAGAAGGCAAGAGCAAUCAAACAUAGUUUCUAGUUCUAAGUCCAACAACUUUGGUAAUGAACAAGAGUCCACAUCUCUUGAGAGUCAGAUCGAUGCUGAGAAUUGUGCCCGAUUACAGGAAAUGUCACCUGAUGAGAUUGCUGAAGCACAGGCAGAGAUAAUGGAGAAAAUGGACCCUGCAAUUAUAAAAGCACUAAAAAAGAGAGGUCAAGACAAACUAAAAAUCCAGAAUGGCUUAAGCUCAGAAGCAGGCACCAAUGGUGAAGUGAGUAAUCCUCAGAACAGGAAUACCCAAGAUGCAAAAGGUUUUGCACAUUCUGACAGUGAUUUCUCUAGUAUGUUGACAACAAACACUAAAGAUACACAAAGUAGGCAAGACAAAGGUGAAGUACAGAAGUUAGUAGGCACAACCAGUAGCAGGUUGUGGAGUGCCUGGAGUGAAAGAGUUGAGGCUGUAAGGGACUUAAGAUUUUCCUUGGAAGGGACUGUUAUUGAGAAUGAUUUUGUCCAGGUACCUGGGAGUGGGAAUACAGAAGCAACAAUGGUGGACUACUUGAAUGUCUCAAAUGGUGAUAUUUCUGUUCAGAAUAGGCAUAGUGUUGAUAACGUUUCAGAGCGGGACUUCCUGCGGACAGAGGGUGAUCCUGGUGCAUCAGGUUACACAAUCAAAGAAGCUGUGGCACUCACUCGAAGUGUGAUUCCAGGACAACGAGCCCUUGCUUUGCAUCUGAUCUUCUCAGUUCUUGAUAAGGCGUUACAUAAUAUUAAUCAGAAGCCAGUUGGAUCUACUUUGGGAGAUGCUAACAAACUUGACAGAUCUACUGACUGGGAGGCUAUCUGGGCUUUUGCACUUGGCCCAGAACCUGAGCUUGUUUUAUCACUGAGGAUAUCUCUUGAUGAUAACCAUAACUCUGUAGUUCUAGCUUGUGCAAAAGUUAUUCAAUGUAUAUUAAGCUGUGAUGUGAACGAGAACUUCUUUGAGAUCUCGGAGAAAAUAUCGACUUAUGAGAAGGAAAUCUUUACUGCCCCUGUGUUCCGAAGUAAACCAGAGAUUGAUGUUGGUUUUCUACAUGGUGGAUUUUGGAAGUACAGUGCUAAGCCUUCUAAUAUUAUUCCUGUUGAAGAGGAUGUGGUGGAAGAUGAGUCUGAGGGGAAGCAUACAAUUCAGGAUGAUCUUGUGGUUGCUGGACAGGAUUUUGCUGCAGGUUUAGUCCGGAUGGGAAUCCUUCCAAGGCUUCGCUAUCUAUUGGAGACAGACCUUACAACCUCAUUAGAAGAAUGCAUAAUCUCUAUACUUGUUGGAAUAGCAAGGCAUUCGCCGGCAGGUGCAACUGCAAUCAUGAAAUGCCAAAGGCUUGUUGAAACAGUUGUCCGCAGAUUUACUAUGAAAGAUAACCUACAAAUUCAUCCUUCAAAAAUAAUUUCAGUUACUCUUUUGAAGGUUUUGGCUAGAUGCAACAAGAAGACCUGUAUUGAAUUUUUAAAGAAAGGGACUUUCAGAACUAUGACAUGGCAUUUGUAUCAAUGUGUUCCCUCCCUUGACCACUGGAUAAAAUCAGGAAGAGAAAACUGUAAACUCUCAUCAGCUUUGAUGGUUGAACAACUACGUUUUUGGAAGGUCUGCAUUCAGUAUGGAUAUUGUAUAUCAUACUUUUCAGAUAUUUUCCCUGCCUUGUGCUUGUGGCUGAAUCGACCUACAGUUGAAAAACUUAUACAGAACAAGGUUCUUACUGAAUUUGCUUCCAUCUCUAAGGAGGCAUACCUUGUUCUUGAGGCUUUGGCUAGAAGACUUCCAAAUCUCUUUUCUCAGGAUCGUGCUGGUGAUAAUACAGAGGUCUGGUCUUGGAGUUGUGUUGGUCCAAUGGUUGAUUUAGCAAUGAAGUGGAUGGCGUUGAAUAGUGAUCCACACAUGUCUAAACUCUUUGAAUGGCAAAAAGGAUUAGGGAGGGACUUUAUCACCCAAGAUUUUUCUCUGACUCCCUUGUUGUGGGUGUAUUCAGCUGUCAUGAACAUGAUUUCGAGAGUGCUUGAAGGGGUGAUCCCAGAGGAUAGGGUUAACCUGCAUGGUGGAUUCGUACCAUGGCUGCCAGAGUUUGUUCCUAAGGUUGGGCUCGAAAUUGUCAAAAAUGGAAUUUUGAGCUUUUCAGGUGCCAAUAGUUCAGAGCAUCCUGCUAGCUCUUUCAUUGAGGUACUAUGUUAUUUGAGACAACAAAGUAACUAUGAAACAUCAUUGGCUUCUGUAUGUUGCCUUAAUGGAAUUGUCCAGGUUGUUGUAAACAUUGAUAAAUUGAUCCAGCUAGCCAAGAAUAACAUCCAUGGUUCUUCCCAAGAAUAUAGCAUCUCAAGAGAAGGGAAAACACUUGAGGAUGGGAUACUUAAGGGUUCUAUGGUUGAAUUGAGAAGUCUGUUGAAUACUUUUAUGAAGUUAGUUGCUUCAGAGUGGCACCUUGUUCAGUCCAUUGAGAUAUUUGGCAGGGGAGGCCCUGCUCCAGGGUUGGGUGUCGGCUGGGGUGCCUCUGGUGGAGGAUUUUGGUCUGCAGCUGUUCUGUUGACACAAAUAGAUGCAGGAUUUCUCAUAUACUUGCUUGAAACUCUUCAGUUUGAGUCUUCUACAGAUACACCAACUGUUGAAGAAAUGACCUUUAGUAUGCAAAGGAUCAAUUCUGCCUUGCUUGUAUGUUUGACUGCUGGCCCAAGGGAUAGGGUUAUUGUGGAAAAGGCAAUAAAUGUUUUAUUCUAUAUCCCUGUUCUAAAGUUCAUUGAUCUCUGUACUCGACGUUUUCUCCACCUUGAUAAGAGAUUUAAACCAUUUGUGUGGGAAUAUAAAGAAGAGGACUACCUGGUUUUCAGUGAAACAUUGGCUUCUCACUUCAAGAACAGAUGGUUAUCUACAAAGAAAAAGUUAAAAGAUGUGGGCCACAACAGUUCUGGAAAUAAACCAUUUAAAAAGGGUAGUGUUGGUCUGGAUACCAUAUAUGAGGACGUGGACACAUCAAAUAAGAAUAGUCAAGAUUGUUCUUCUUUAGUAGUACAGUGGGCUCACCAGAGACUGCCACUUCCAAUGCACUGGUUUCUUAGUCCAAUCUCAACCAUCAGUGAUAGUAAGCAUGCUGGCCUGCAAAAAGAUAAGUCACAAAAUCUUGUGCAGGACCCUAACAGUUUGUUUGAAGUUGCUAAAGGUGGACUUUUCUUUAAUUUAGGUGUUGAAGCAAUAUCCACUUUCAAUUCCACUGAUGUCCCCUCUCCUGUUCAGAGCGUUCCAUUAGUUUGGAAAUUCCAUUCUUUGUCUGUAAUCUUACUUGUUGGAAUGGGUGUGCUUGAAGAUGAAAAGAGCAGGGAUGUUUAUGAAGCUUUGCAAGAUAUCUAUGGGCAACUUCUUGACCAAGCGAGGACCAGUAUAAGCGUUGACAUCAUUUUGGAGAGGAAUGCAGAUUUAUUGCCAGAAUCUAGGAAUAAAAACAAUUUUGAGGUCCUAAUGUUUCAAUCUGAGAUUUUUGAGAGUUACUCAACCUUUAUUGAAACUCUUGUGGAGCAGUUUUCUGCCAUAUCUUAUGGUGAUUUGAUUUUUGCCCGGCAAGUAGCAGUUUAUCUACACCGUCAUGUUGAAGCUCCUGUACGACUUGCGGCCUGGAAUAUGCUAUCUAAUGCUCGUGUUCUUGAUCUUCUACCACCUCUUGAGAAAUGCAUUGCCCUGGCCAAAGGAUACCUAGAACCUGUUGAGGACAAUGCUGGUAUUUUGGAGGCGUAUUUGAAGUCAUGGAAUUCUGGUGCCCUUGACAGGGCUGCAACUCGAGGAUCAGUUGCAAAUACACUGGUUCUCCACCACCUUUCUUCUUUUAUCUUUAACUCUUACACUGUUGAUAAGUUAUCUCUGCGCAACAAGCUUGUAAAAUCUCUAUUGCGAGACUACUCCCAGAAGCCGCACCAUGAGGGAAUGAUGUUGAAUCUUAUCCAAUAUAACAAGCUAACCACAUCUCAAAUGCCUGACCAAAAUGGUUCACCACUGGAGAGAAGCAGUAUGGAGAAGAGGUUCGAGGUAUUAACAGAAGCUUGUGAAGGAAAUUCCUCUCUGUUGACUGUGGUGGACAAGCUAAAGUCCUCCUUCAAAGAAAUCUUGUAAAUACAUAGAACUUAUAUAUAUUAGUGUAUGUGCGAGAAAGAUAUGAAGUCGGGGGGACCAACCUAGUUAAUUCACUACAAUGUUCUGUAAAUAUGAUCAGAGCAACAAGAAAAAAGAAAGAUUGUCAAUUUUGUUUUCUAUAUCUGCGACAUGGGUAUACUAUCCUGCUUAUUUUGUAUGUUCUUCCUAAGAGUAAGAUGCUAAAGCAGAGUUGCUAAGGGGAGAAACUGUCUUGGAAAUGAAACCAGCAUGUGUAUGAUAUCUGGGCAAAAGCUUCAAUGAUGAAUUAUUCAGAAAAGUUGGAAACACCUUUUCCGCAUUUGUGCUUGGUA